AUGUCAAACGGGAAGGAAAAAGCAAGGUGUAAGCAAUGCGAGAUGUUUUUGGGAAAAGAUGGCAAUAGUACGUUGAUGAGUUAUACAACAAAAACGUGUCCGGUUGUAAAAGGUCAAGGCGAUCCGGAUCAACAAAAUAUUACUCCCGACGGGUCGAUAUUUAUUUACAACAAUGAUGAAAUUCGUGAAAGCUUUUGCAAGUUCAUGAUUCAAGAGGUCUUUCCUUUCAACCACUUCGACAACCUACAAUUAACAAGGAUUUUGCAGGAAAAAAUGCAACCCCAAUACCGGCAAGUAAGUCACACUUAUCUUAGGCGUGAUGCUCUAAAGUAUUGGGAUAUAGCCAAAAAAGAUAUGCAAUUGUUGUCCCAAAAGCUAUCUUACCGUCACGACACAUUGGAUAGAUCCCUCUACUUGGGUAUGAACAAACGAGUUGCUUUUGAACUUUUUGUGUAUCCUCACAUGGGAACACAAUUAUUUGCAAUUUUAGUAAGCGUUAUAGAGACUUAUAAUUUACACGACAAAAUAUUCUCUAUUUCAUUUGACAAUGCAAGUAACAAUAUCGCCGCCGCCAAAAGAUUAAUUGCAAAAUAUAAACCUAUUUUGGAUGGCUCGUUUUUUCAUACUAGAUGUCUUUGUCACAUUAUUAAGCUUGCUGUAAAAGAUGGUUUAAAAAUGAUAGGUUCGACGAUUGAAAUUUUCAAAAUUGUGUUAACUAGAGUUUUGGGAAAAAUUAAAGCUACAUUGAAAAAAUAUCGAAAGUUUGCCAUUUCCAUUAACGUAAAUCCAUAUAGUCCUCAUUGGGAUGUUGACACUAGAUCGAGUUCGACGUGCAUGAUAUUUGAAAGUUUAACACGUCAAAGAAUCGAUUUGCAAUUAUUUUACGACACAAUUUCAAAAGGAAAAAACCCGGUUUUGGAUUUUGAUUGGGAAUUGAUGGGAGAGUUUGUGGAAAUGUUAAAAGUUUCUAAACAAUCAACCACUUUUUUAUCGGGCAUGUAUUACCCUACAAGUCCGUUGUUACUAAAUGAAUUAUGGUUGAAGUCCGCACAAUUGGAGCUUUUUGAACAAAGAAGUGAAAUAUUUUUUUUAGUUACGAGACCAAUGAGACAAAAACUAGUAAAAUAUUUCAACGAAAUGCCACCACUUUUUACUGGCAUCGCGGAAUUAAACCCAUGUAUCAAUGUUACGGGUGUAGAGACUUUGAUUACCAAAAUUUAUAUGUCUUUAAAUUUGCACAAAGAUGACUCAAACUACAUCCAUAACCAAAUACACACAUUUAAUAAUACUUUUACUAACCGUCCAAGCUUCCACGGAUUACUUGGAUUCGGUGGAAUGUAUAUACUACACUUGGCAUCACUAGAAGGCCCACUAGCACAAAAUGUUGAACCGGAGAUCGUGGAUGAAGAAUAUGCACAAGGCUUAUCAACACCUCCGGAAGACGAAGACGAAGAUGAUGAAUAUGGUAUUGAUGAGACCCCUAAUUAUUUGUGUGGCGGUUGA